AUGGGGAACAAGCCGAGUUCUCUGAGACCAAAGACGUUGAAGGAGUUGCGAGAAUUCUUAUCAGAAGAGUACACGAAUGACGUGAUAAAGACUUGGUAUGAAGAAUACAAAUCGUCCCUGACAAAAGGUGAAUCAAGUCUCACCAGGGAUGCAUUCAUCAAAGUAUACAGUAACCUGUUUGAAGGCGAGGCGUCCAAUUUCGCUGCCGAAGUGUUCCGUGUGUUUGACUCCGACGGCAAUGGAGUUGUAGACUUUAAAGAAUUUAUGUUCGGUAUCUACGUCUCUGGCUGCUCGAUGAACGAGGAUAUGAAGCUAGAUUGGGCGUUUAGGAUGUAUGACAGGAAUGGAGAUGGCUUCAUCAGCAAAGAAGAGAUGACAUACAUGUUCAAGGCAAUUUAUCGUAUGACAAAGCCUCCAUCGACUCACUCCACACCGGAAAAAUUAACCGACUAUUUCUUCGAAUGUUUCGACAAGAACAAGGACGACCAAAUCAGCGAUGCAGAAUUCAUUGCCGAAGCAAAGAAAAACAGGCUGAUUGUUGAUAUGUUGGAGAUCGAUCCAUGUGGCUAACCGUCAGUAUGACCGAACAGAGAUUGGUGUGGUGAUUAGUCAUUGUGAUCAGCGGCAUAGGUGAAUCAAAAGAUGAAACAUAAAAACAGAUGUACAUGCAUUGUGAAUUUUGUUAAAUGAUAUUGUACUGGAGCCAAAUAAUGGCAACUGGUAUUAUUAUAUAACUAUAAAGGAUCGUCCAAACAGCGGACAACAUUAAACGACAGUCGUAAACGACAAGUUAAGCUUGGUUUAAUGUCAUUUUAAAAAUAUUUAAAAAAAAAAUCAUAUUACAUAACAAAACCAAAUACAUGAUUGUGAACUGACACGGAGCGUUAUUUUCACAAGAACACACACUUGGGGAAGUAUUAAUUUACCGAGACCAUAUUAUCGUGUUAUUUCC